CACGUCCAUCGAAAGGGAAAUGUCGAUCUCGCUCGAAAACUCUCGGCAGUAGUUUGACACGGUGUUUCAUGUAGGAAUUUCUACAAAAAAAUGUGUGCCAAUGGAUAAACAUUGCAUGGUGCAGCAAGACGAUUGCAAAACCUAAAGUUAAGAAGAUGGGUUCUCAGUGGGAACAAUUUUACUUAAUCCAUUCAACUCCACCCGAUUUUGAAGAAAAGAAAAAGGAAAUACAAGAUUUUUGUCAGCACAUCGACCCAGAACGAAAUAUAGUGUUAGUGACGUCUGGUGGUACAACUGUGCCUUUGGAACAUAACACAGUUCGAUUUGUGGACAACUUCAGUGCUGGAACAAGAGGCUCAGCAUCAGCUGAAUAUUUCCUAGAGAAGGGCUAUGUUGUUAUUUUUAUUCACAGAUUAAAAUCUUUGGAGCCAUUUGUUCGACACUUCAUGGGGCAAAAGUUCCUUGAUAUUCUGGAGGUUCAGAAGAAGGAAGAUGUUACAUCUAUCAUGGUGAAGAAUGAAUGCGUAAAUUCAGUACUGCCUAUUUUGACAAGAUACAAAUUGACUAAGGAAGCUGGUGACUUGCUUUGUAUCUCAUUUACAUCCUUGACUGAGUAUUUAUGGCUCCUGAGGGCUGCUUGUGAAUGUCUCACUCCGUUUGGCUCACGGGCAGUUCUUUAUCUUGCUGCUGCUGUUUCAGAUUUCUACAUUCCUUCAAAUGAAAUGCCGAUACACAAAAUGCAGUCCGAAGCAGGCCCACCAACCAUAUAUUUGAAGCUUGUCCCUAAAAUGUUGGAACCACUAGUAAACAUAUGGGUACCUAAUGCAUAUGUUGUUUCAUUUAAACUUGAAACAGAUGAUGAACUUCUCAUUGAUAAAGCACAUGCGGCCCUUAAUAAAUAUAAGCACAAGAUGGUCAUAGGAAACGUUCUUCAGACUCGAAAACAGAGAGUAGUUCUUGUGAUGCCUAACACAACCAACGAAAUUCAACUGAGUUCUGAAGAAAUGGAAGCUGGACUUGAAAUUGAAUCAAAAAUAGUUGCAGAUAUUGCUGAAAGACAUAACUUAUUUAUGAAAGGAGCUUCAUAUAAUUCUUGAGGUUUUUGUGGCAGUGUUUGGAUUGUGAUCUUCUUGGUUGUGUGUCAUGCAGUCUUGUAGGCGGAUACCAACAUUUCGGAGCAAGUGACUACUGCAUCUUUAAUGCUAAGAUCCACAGGAGGAGAAGUCAAGACAACCCAGUCUGGGGCAAUAUGAGCAGUGACAGCCCUUCUUGCAGCCUGUCUGUAUACUCUAAAUAGGCAUGUCCAACGCAUCAGUCGCGAUCGACCGGUUAAUCGCGGGAUGAUUUUUGGUUGAUCUCAUAGGCCUAUAAGGAAAUUACCCAUUGAGCAAGGCAUCUCUUGAAAAUGAGAUAUUAACCCUUAAAAAUGACAUUUUUCUCAAGACUCUUUCUGGACAAGAAUCAUUUUGGAAGUUAGUGCCAAGAUGCAGUGAAAUUGUACACUCCUGUUUCGGUUCAACUUAUAUGUGUGAAUCUGCGUUUUCUUACCUAAAAUCUUACAUUCCAAUAUGACAGAUUAACAUCUCUAGGAUUGCCUGAAACUGGCCCUCACCCAAUACUCACCUGACUUCCAACAGCUGGUGAAUGAAAUGCAGGCCCAGACUUCUUACUAACGAACAAGGCAAGUCUGUACUUUCAAUGUAUGUAUGUUGCUUUUACAACAAACAUCAUGUGUCGUGUUAUUUUUACCAAUAUUUUUG